AUGCUGAAAAUUCCAUACUCGUACCUAAAAUACAGUAUAGAAUCAAGCUGUAAACAAAAAAUUAAAAAAUUGAAUGUUGAGGAGCUGAAGACAGAAGGUUGUAUUGGGAAGGUCUUUUGUGUAUUGUUUAUUUGGCGCUUAAUACUAACAUUAUUGAUUGUCUCACGAUCAAGAAAAGAACCACUGAAUUUAAGCCGGAAAAUAAGUUCAUCACACAGAUUUGGACCCUAA